AUGCAACUUAUCUUGGCUAUUUUCUGGGUCUUUUUGGCCGCGUACAAAAGUCAGGCUGAAGAAAUUCAGUCAUCAUUAUUGACUGUUGAAACGAGCAAUUCCAGUGAUAUUGACGGAGCGGUGGUAGAUGCACACGUCAAUAAGAACAAUUUGAUAGGCUCCCUACAGUAUUUCCAAGGGAACGAAAAGAUUUUGUAUCCUUUUAAUGAAGAGCUGACAAUCAGGCCUCUGCCACGCAACUUUCUGCUGACGUCUUUUCUGUUCCAAUUAGAGUCCAACGAGGUCACUAAACCGGAACUGGACUCCGAAUUCAACUCUUAUAAGCAUUACACGGUAUUCCCCAAGGCAUUGAGCCCGAUUUUGGACCGCACGCAAACGCGUCAAUUGCAUCUGCGAUUCACACACGGUUUAUGGGACGCCGAAGAAUGGGGCCAAUUGCCUCGCCAGGGUUACACGUCGGGCGGGAAUGGUGUUGAAAUGUGGGCGGUCAUCGAGGCGCCCGACCAAAAGGCGGCCUUCCAGCAAUGGAUCUCGCUCGCUAAUUCGCUCAGUGGUCUUUUUUGUUCCUCGCUAAAUUUCAUUGGAUCUGAAAAAACCACAUAUCCCGUCUUUUCGUUCCUGCCGGAGUCGCAGAUUGAGCCUUUCUUUGAUGUCUCAAAUGGCCUUUUCCUCAUCAGAGCAGCUUUGGCGAACGAACCCAUUUGUACUGAAAACUUGACGCCUUUCCUCAAACUGUUGCCCACCAAGGGUAAAUCGGGGAUUUCUUCUCUUCUAGACGGUCACAAGGUGUUCGAUUCUCAAUGGCACAGUAUGUCCAUUGAUAUCGAAAGCAAGUGCGAUGAAUUCUCCUGCAAAUACGAGAUGAAUGAGCAAAUUGAAAUGGUUUUCCAUUUACCAAAUACCUUGUCGCGUGCUGACCGACCCAUACCAAAGCCAUUGGCCAGUGAUGAGCUUCGCUGCGAUGAAAGUAAGCCUCAUGACGAUUAUCAAUGUUUCCCAUUACCUGAAAGUCGUAAUCUCAAGUUCGAUUUAUCAAAGCUAUUCGGAAAGAGUAUUUCCGGAACGAACCUUGUUUCCGAGACGCCUUCCCGUAUCUGUGCAGUGGUCGCUCCAAAUUGGAACGUGCUAAUCAGAGUUGGCGACACCUUUUUUUCAACUAGUGACAACUGCUUCGAUAUCAGCGAUAACAAUUUCCAGGAUAUGGUCUUUGAAACCGAUGACACGUCUCAAAUCAUACCUUUGGAGCCGGCUCCCUUUUUCGCUAGUAGGUCUCUGACUGGUUACAGUCAAGAUGCUGGCGGUAUGCGCACGGUCAUCAAGAAUCCAACGAAUGACACAAUUAACAUCUUUUACUUUGAAUCCUUACCAUGGUUUUUGAGACUUUAUCUAUCAUCAUUGAAAUUGGAGAGCGACAGCGGAUUACUCCUCAGAGAUGUGAUACAGGACACAUUUUACUCCCCAGCAGUUGAUAGACAACGACCAUCUCAUCUCGAAUUUAAUUUGUCGAUACCUGCAAACACCAGCAUCGCUUUGUCUUUCGAAUUCGAUAAGGUUCUAUUAAAAUAUGCAGAGUACCCACCAGACGCGAAUCACGGCUUCGAAAUUGAAUCGGCGGUUUUGAGUGUUAUGAGCCCAAUGAAGUAUACAGUGCGUACUGCAACGUCGCUACUGCCUUUAUCUACUCCAGACUUCAGCAUGCCAUAUAAUGUCAUCAUUCUGACCUCAACCGUGAUGGGACUGGUGUUUGGAACAAUCUUCAACCUGAUGGUGAAAAAACUUGUCCCUUUGGAGGAGCUCGAAAAGCAGCAACGCACAAAUCUUCUAACUGCGUUAAAACUACGCAUUGCGGGUCUCUUGCAGCGUCGGCCACGGCCUUCUAAAUCGACCCAAUCCACAAAAGAACUCCAGUAG